AUGUUACUGCGUCCGGUAACAUUAAAAUCGGAACGUCAAAGCAGACUUUCCACAAAACAUUCUACCACCCAACAGCACAAUGUAGAAUACAUAAUUUCGGCAGAAUUUGAUAAUAUAUUGGGACCCAUAGUUAAGUAUCAAUAUCCAAAGACAAUCCCUGGUUUUAAGUUUUCAUCCAAUGGUGAAUUAAGCCCCGAUGGUCCACAAAAUAUAGCAAGUUUGAUGAUACCUAAUAACGUCGAGAAAGUACCAGGAAAAUCUGAUUUUACCACUUUUAUAUUAUAUCAUAAUAAGUACACUCAGAAUUAUCAAUUAUUUCCGCCACCAACGUACUCUAAUAAGGCCAGUGAGAAAAGUAACGUUUUGGCCACGGUCGAGAGGAAAAGAUACAGUAUAGUCUUAGAAGAGGAAGAAUUGGAAUCUGAUCUUACAAAGAAUAAAAAGGAUGAUUUGGAUACUCUGUUUUUCUUUAACGUUGUAAAUACAAAGCUAGACAAGACCAAUGACAGAGGGGCCAUAAUAAGAUCAUUAGCCAUUGGAACAACUUUGAAAAAUUAUAUCAUUUUCAAGCCUAUUCUAACAAUGACUUUGGAUUACUAUAUGUCAUCACCUAGGGGAGCAUCUUUACAGACAGUAAUCGAUCUUUUCAAUAUUAUAAAUAGCGUGGACCUCUCCAUUGUGACAAAAUUUAAUUCUAAUGUUGGAAUGCAAAGGAUAUUAGGAUCAAUAACAAAUCAAAAAAUGAUUAAUAGGAUAUUUGAUCCUAAUGAAAAUAUACUCAAAACUAUUCUAAAGCUAAAUGAUUUAAAACCGAUUGAUUCCUUUGGUAAUAAGAUCAUAUUUCAUGAGCAACUGAUUAGUUAUUAUUUUACACGUUUUCAUCCAAUUGCACUCCCUACAUAUUUCAAGAAAAUUCCUUUACAAAUUAAUCUUGUAAAAAGUGACCCAAUACCCAUUUUUACCAAUUACAACAGCCAUAUUUUAAAAUUUUUGGAACAAUUCAUACCUCUAUUAAUGAAAACUGAUAUGACGAAGAAUUACUCAUGGAAACUAAUUAUCAAUUCAUUGCAUGAAACAAAAGAUGUAUUGGGAGAUUUUGUCAUGUCCUUGGCAAAUUUUGUUCGCUGUUUCUUUGGAAAAGAUAAUAAAUAUUACAAUGGUCAAUAUAUAUUGAUAUUUCCUUAUAUGGACAUAUCAAUUGUUGAUAAACUACGAGAUUUUUUUAGUCCCAUUUCUGAAUAUUCACAAGCUUUUGCAAUUAUUGGAACGGAUAAUCCUAUAUUCCAAUUGCACUCUGAUAUAUGGGAUUAUUAUUAUGAUUUAGACGGUCAAAUCCUUUAUGAUUCUCAAACUAAUCCAGAAAAAUUUACCCUCCGACAGGAGUUAAAAAAUAGUUCUACCUCUUUGAAGAAAUUAUUUGCUAAACCAUAUAACUUAACAACGACUAAUAGUAAUGAUGGAACUUCCACCGGGACAUUUAGCAAUCUAUCUCUUCAUUUUAAAAAUAAUUCUAUAAAUUCCAACAGGAUGGGAUUAAUGCAAAAGUUUAUCCUAUACCUUAUGGAGGGGCACCAUGAUAAUGAAACUACGUUAGCGGUUUUCAAAAGAGUUAAUCUCUUACAGUUAGUUUUCCUAUUAAACACUCCAAAACUAGACUCUCAAGUACAACAACACGAGGCAGAAAUGACGUUACAAGAUGAAUAUUUGACCACAUACAAAGAUUUCAUUAUAUUUCCAGAAUUUUUCGUCUAUUCCACAUUACAUUUAUUGCAUUUAAUAACUUCAUUUGAAUACAAUCUUAAUAUUCUAUUAGGUUUGGGAGAUGGACCUGCAUCAAAUGAAAAAAAAUAUACCCAAUUGACUCAAAUUCUCGAUAUUGUGACGGAGUUAAAUUUGUUUAUAUCCAUGAAUAAAUCAAAUCUAGAAAGCUUUAUUAACCUUUGCUUCAAUUACCCCUCAAUUGAAAUCUGUCAAAUGUAUGAUUUGAAAAAGCAAGAUUUUAGUAACGUAAAUAUGAGCACCGUAUUGAGCCUUCAAAAACAUCAUAAUGAGAAUGUCAAAUCAGUUCUAAAUGAGGUAGAAGUCGUGGAUGCAUUUAUCAAAAACUUUAGCAUUGGCCUAUUUACUACAUUUCUAACGCAAGUGGGUGGUGAAUCCAUUGAAAAAAAACUUUCCCACAUAGAACCAUCUUUAUCAACGAGUAGCAAGGGCAAAAUUCUUAGAUCAAAAUCACUGAGGCGGUUUUUGCAUAUGAGUACUUCCGAACGGAGAAUGUCAUCAUCACAAUCACCAACCGUAAAUACUUUGAUGGAAAACAAAAUAACCGCGUCUUUAAAAGAGACAUCCUCUACCGUAGUUGAGAAGAGAAUACAGAAGAUCAAACAAAUAAUUAUAAAACUACUUUCGAAGAUUGAGAAGCACCCUUUAGGUGCACUACUUAUAGAAUCAGAUAUGUCAGCCAAAACGAAAACCAUAUAUGGAAACUUGAAAAUGAAUUUUCUUCCAUCAACACCAAUUCUCAAACCUUCUUCUUCAUUUUCAAACGAGUCUCCUACGCUUUCACCAAAUAGAAGCGAACUUCUAAAGGAGCUAAACAUGAUUGAAGAACAACAAAACAAAUUUAAUAUUCAUCAUAAUGUGGGGAAUUCAGAAAAUCACGUUUGA